GGGCCUCGGUCCACCGAGCCCUUCGUGACCGCACCAGAGUGAGCCAGGGAGGUCGGGGACCAUCCCCUUCUGCCUGCAAACCUCCCUCGUACCUGGGACCAGCUCUGCACCCAGGGAUCGCUCAGUACACAGCCAUGCCGGCCGGGCUACUACGGUAGGGGCCUCCCUGCCUCCCCACCCUCUCGCCCCAGUGGGGCAGAACACGGAAUCACCUGCCUAAAAUCAAAGGGCCGGCCGGGGUCCGGAACCCCAGGACGGGUCGGUCCAGCGGGCCCGGGCCAUGGCCCGGCCGGCCCGCUGUUGCCCGUCCGGUGUGGUCCAGAGGACGCUGCCCAUCCUGAGCUGGCUUCCCCACUACAACCUGCGCCGGUUGCAACUGGACUUCAUAGCCGGACUGACGGUGGGGCUGACCGUGGUGCCGCAGGCGCUGGCUUACGCCGAGGUGGCCGGUCUCCCUGUCCAGUAUGGACUCUAUUCCUCCUUCGCGGGCUGCUUCGUGUACUGCUUCCUGGGCACCUCCCGUGACGUGACCCUGGGCCCCACGGCCAUCAUGUCUCUCCUGGUCUCCUUCUAUACCUUCCGCCAGCCCGCCUACGCCGUGCUGCUCUCCUUCCUGUCCGGAGCCAUCCAGCUGGCCAUGGGGAUCUUCCAUCUGGGCUUCCUGCUGGACUUCAUUUCCAGCCCCGUCAUUAAAGGGUUCACCUCAGCGGCUUCGGUCACCAUUGGCUUCGGUCAGGUCAAGAAUCUCCUGGGCCUGCGAGACAUCCCCCAGCAGUUCCUCCUGCAGGUCUACCACACCUUCCGCCGCGUCGGGGAAGCCAGGGUGGGCGAUGCCGUCCUGGGGCUGGUGUGCUUAGGGGCGCUGCUGGCGCUGAAGGAGAUGAGGGGCCGGAUGCCCGCCCUCCACCCGGGGGUGCCCUGCUGCGUCAGGGGCAGCCGCUUGCUGGUCUGGGCCGCUUCUACAGCACGCAACGCGCUGGUGGUGUCGUUUGCUGGCUUGACCGCUUACUCCUUCCAGGCGACGGGAUCGCAGCCGUUCACCCUGACCGGAAGGACAGCGGAGGGGCUCCCUCCCUUCCGGCCCCCUCCCUUCUCUGUGGUCUCGGGCAACGAGACCGUUCCCUUCUCUGGGAUGGUGCAGGACAUGGGCAGCGGCCUGGCGGUGGUCCCCCUGAUGGGCCUGUUGGAGAGCAUCGCCAUCGCCAAAGCCUUCGCUUCUCAGAACGGCUACCGCAUCGACGCCAACCAGGAGCUGCUGGCCAUCGGUCUCACCAACCUGUUGGGCUCCUUCGUCUCCUCCUACCCCGUGACUGGCAGCUUCGGACGGACCGCUGUGAAUGCCCAGACGGGAGUGUGCACCCCAGCCGGGGGGCUGGUCACAGGGGCUGUGGUGCUGCUGUCUCUGGCCUACCUGACCCCGCUCUUCUACUACAUCCCCAAGGCCGCACUGGCAGCCGUCAUCAUCACGGCGGUGGCCCCCCUGUUCGACGUGGGGAUCUUCAGGACCCUGUGGCGGGUUAAGAGGCUGGACCUCGUGCCGCUCUGUGCCACCUUCCUGCUGUGCUUCUGGGAAGUGCAGUAUGGCAUCAUCGCCGGCGUCCUGGUGUCUGGGCUGCUCCUGCUCCAUGCCGUGGCCAGGCCCCGGAUCCAGGUGACGGAGGGGGAAGUGGUGGUCCUGAGACCGGCCAGCGGUUUGCACUUCCCGGCCGCAGAGGCCCUCCGGGAGGCCGUGUACAGCCGUGCUCUCAAGGUAACCCCGCCGCGCUGUGCCAUCCUGGACUGCACACACGUCAGCAGCAUCGACUCCACCGUGGUGGCCGGGCUGGAGGAGUUGUUGGAGGAGUUUCGUCACCGUGGGGUGUCCCUAGUCUUUUCUGGUUUGCAGGCUCCCAUCCUCUGGAUCCUGCUGACUGCCGAGCUGAGGGGUUUCCAGCAUUUCUCCACCGUCGAGGAAGCAGAGAAACACCUCAGGGAGGAGCCAGGCACCGAGUCCUACCACGCCAAUGAGAGCCCCUCGCCGAAAUCCAGAAUCGACCAAUGAACCCCCUCACCCAAGGCCCUGCCCGGACCUGAAGGACGAGAGUUUCCCAGGCUCACUAGAGAGGAAAGGCCACCCCUCGGGCACCCACACGUCUCAGGGGCUGGCCAAUGCCCCUCCUCCACCCCUGGGUGUCGAGAGGGGGAAAAAAAUUAGUCGCCCAAGACCGGUUGGCCCCUAUCGGCGGGAGGGAGUUGAAGGAAGCAUCUGGCGGAGCUGGUGAUGUGGAGAGAAAGGGCUUCUGGGAAUGAUACAUAGCAUCUGAUCUCUGCCUUCCCGGAGGCCGGAUGAGGAUUCUUCAGAGAGGAAGGUGUGAGGUUCCCCCUCGGGGCAGGUCCCCCAGACCCAGACCCACACGCUGUACCUCAGGGGCAGCCCCUGACUCCGGGACCACCCUCCCCCUACAGAGGCGGCAAGGCUGACACGGACAGGUUCGUUCAGUCGUGUUUAUUGAGCGCUUGUGUGCAGAGCACUCUUCUAAGCACUUGGAAAGCACAAUAGGGCAAUAGACAGACACCUUACCUGCCCACUCGACAGGUUCUGUGGGGCGAGAUUUUGGUCCGUGGGUCCCCGGUCCCUGACCCCGUUGUAUCUAGCCCCCCCUCAGUUGGCUCAAUCCCACUCUCUACCUGCCCUUCGGGGAGGGAGCCGUCGGAUCAGAGGUGCGGUCCUCAGGUACUUCCUGAUCGGUCCAACCUCACCUCCCGUCUGGUCCGGUGCUCGACAGGCUGGGAAAGGGACAUGAUGUUCAGCUCAGGCUGGACUCCAAAUGGCGGGUGGACUUCUCAGCAGCGGGGGGUGGUUAGUCUCUCUCCGUCUUCCAUCUCACCAGAGGUCCACAGUUCCCAGACCCGAAGAGGGGACGGGGGGAGGACCAAGAGAGGAGGGGAUGGGCAGGGGAGAUGGAUAAACGGUAUUUAUGAUUUCUCAGAA